AACUUUUUUUAGAUCAAUCGAUAGGUAUUGACGAGACUAAUACAUUUCAAUUAAAAUUUUUUUUAGAACGUCCAUUGUCGGAGUAGGCCAAGGGGUUGGGUCCAGGAGCAAACGUCUCUUCGGCAUACGUGUUGGCCACGGUCUCUAUGCUGCUGCCCUGCACAAGCCUCUCAUGGCAACGAUGGACCCACAUUCAUGGACUUCCGCUAGCGGAUCCGGAGUACUACCUUUGAAAGAGGAUUGACCUUGUUUUGGGAGUGGACCUUAUCGCGCAGAUCAUGCUGUCCGGUACGCGAAUAGGAAGUCCUACGGAGCUAAUUGCUCAACAGACUCAGCUGGGAUGGAUUCUCUCAGGUCAACCCGCCGACUCGACCAGCUCCACCCAGAUCCGUUGCCAUCAUGUAGUCUCCGAGGCGGAGGCGCUUCUCAAGGGUUUUUUUCGAGAUCGAGACCGUACCAGAGCGGACGGCUCGUACGGAUGAGGAUCGGUGGUGCGAAUCGUUCUUUCGAAGAACGCACUCCCGUCGAACGGAUGGACGCUACGUGGUGCGCCUCCCUUUUAAGAGGUAUAUGGAUCACAACAUCGUGUUGGGACGAUCUCACUAAGAAGCCCUUAACCGAUUUCUCCAGCUCGAACGGCGUUUUGCGGCACGCCCAGUGCAAGGAAUACAGUAUACUGAGGACAUUGAGGAGUAUUUCACCUUGGGACAAGUCGCUGUCGCGGAAGGAUCCAAGAGCAGCUUAUGUGUACGCACCCGGCCGGAAUACAUCAUGCGUCUUGUGUGCUACCCCAUCAUGCCGUCUAUAAGCAGAAGCAGAGGAUAAUGUUCGACGCCUCCGAAAAUGAUGUUCUAUUCACUGGAGCCCCGUUCCAAAACGACAUGUCUGCAAUGCUUCUCAAUUGGCGAAAAUAUGUUUGUUUUUGCAGCCGACAUUCAAAAAAUGUAUCGCUGCAUUGACGUUCACCCGGAGGACACGCAAUAUCAGCGGAUUUUAUGGCGGGCGGAGGAUGGAAACAUCAAGACACACGCGCUGUCGACUCUGACGUUCGGAACGGCAUCCGCACCAUACACAGCCAUUAGAGUCAUACACCACUUAACGCAGGACGAGAAGGAUUCUUUCCCAAGGGCUGCCGAGGUCUUAAAGAAGGAGAUAUAUGUGGACGACACACUAUGGAGGAUGCGGACGAGAAGCGGGUGCAGGUCGUGGGAGCUAUAAAAUCGCUCGGACGGAAUUGCGUAAAUGGUCGAGUAACGAUCCGCGAUUGCCAGGCUCUGUUCCACAGGAGCAUCGAUGCUGCCAGACGCCUUUAAAUUGGGAUAAAAGAGAUCCGGUAAAGGCGUUGGGGAUGUAUUGGCUCCCAGACUCGCGCGUCUUUUCGAUCCGUUAGGUCUGAUAGCUCCGGUCAUCAUAAUUGGAAAGCUCAUUUUAAAGGAGGUGACUUUCGUCAAGGUGGCGAACAGCGAGGGAGUGCAGGUGUCGUUGAACUGGGACUCACUGGUGCCAGCAGCGCUUCUGGAGCGUUGGCGAGCGUUUCGCUCUGACCUCCCAGGAAUCGAGGACAUCGCCGUCAGUCGGUGGACUGAGUACGAUCCGGCCUCCGUAGCCUUUGUGCAGCUGCAUGCGUUCUGCAACGGGUCGUCGUCGACGUAUGCUGCCUCUGUUUACCUGCGAGUCGAGCACGUCAACGAGACCGUCGACACGACCUUGCUGGCGGCCAAGGCAAAGGUCACAUCAGUCAAACCGUUAACCAUACCCAUGACGAAACUAAGCGGAGCAGUACUGGCAGUCAAGCUUGUCAGGUGGUUAUCCACAGUGGUUCAAAUUGGCGGAGUUCCAGUGGAGACUUUCUUUUAGACGGACGCCACUAUCGUUUUGCACUGGCUGACUGGAGACGUACAAUGGUGGAAGACCUUUGUGGCCAACCGAGUCGGAUUCAUCUUGGACCAUUCUGACCCAAGUCAAUGGCGGCACUUGGGUACCGAAGAAAAACCAAGUGGACUGCGAGACCAGAGGAUUGGCACCUAAGGAGUUGCAGAACUUUACCCUGUGGUGGAGGCUAGUUGUCGCGUGAGCGAGAUUCUUGGCCGAAGCACUUUCCCAUCUCGAUUUUACCGUCCGAGCCAGCGUUGGAUGCGAAAGCGGGUAAGCUCCGGAUCCACCACGCCUCUCCAGUCCCUUCAUUUAUCGCCCGUUCUUCCACGUAUAGUCGAGCCGUUCGAGUGGUCGCCUACCUAAGGCGUUUUGUUAUCAACGCUUCGCUCAAGCCGAGCCGACGCGCAGGAUCCUCGAGCAUACCAGAGCUCGACGACGCCAUGUUUUGCAUCGUACGGAUGGUUCAGAAGGAAUCGUUCGCGGCGGACCUUCAAUCCGUAAGACACUCAAAGCGGAUUCCUUCUCAGAGCAAUCUGUUGCGACUGUCGCCCAUUCUGGUGGAGGAUAUUUUACGGGUUCUCUGCGUUGCCGCCGAACAGGCGCCACUCUAUUAUUCUGCCCAGUACCCAUCAUUUUACCGAUCUGGUUAUUAACCAUUCUCACCUAGCUUCGCUUCACGGAGGUGCGCAGCUGACCUUGGCUCACACGCGCCAGCGAUACGCUGUUUUCGCGUCAACCCAACCACCUCGUCGCAGCUCAUGGGAGACCUGCCUCUUCACCGGGUAAACCCGCCGCAGAUGCCUUUCGUCACUACAGGAGUCGAUUAUACCGGAGCCAUUGAGCUCAGAGCGGCGCGGAUUCGGGGGUCGAGCACCUACAAAGGCUACAUUGCAGUGUUCAUCUGUCUCGAAACGAAAGCAGUUCAUUUGGAGCUGGUAACCGGGCUCACCACGGAGCACUUCCUGCUGGCAUUCGAACGGUUUACUGGGCGUCGAGGGAUGGUCCAAGAUCUUUAUAGCGAUAACGGCACCAAUUUUGUGGGAGCAGACAGUCAGCUCAAAGGUUUGGUGAAGCAAUUCCGCGAUGACUAUGAGACGCUCAUCGCUCCGAAGUGGUCCCAGCUACGACUCACUUGGCAUUUUAGUCCGCCUCAGUCGCCUAACUUUGGUGCGCUUUUGGAGGCCAACGUCAAGUCGGUCAAGCACCAUCUCAAGCGCGUGAUCGCGGAUCGAAGGCUUACCUACGAGGAGAUGACCACGGUGUUAGUCAGCAUAGAAGCGUGCCUUAACUCAAGGCCGCAGUACGCGGAUGACUUAGAUGUGCUCACUCCGGCCCACUUCUUAAUCGGCGACUCUAUGUUUGCGCCCACAGAAUACCAACCAGCCUCUUCCAAGUUUAGGGAGCAGUUUCUGCUUUGGCAAUCAAUGCUGCGCCAUUUUUGGGACGGCUGGAGUAGGGAUUGGCUUGGCUCUUUGCAGCAGCGUCCAAAAUGGUCCCAAAGUUCAGAAAACUUAAGGUUGGACGAGUUUGUACUCGUCAAGGACGACAGAUUCCCAACAUCGCAGUGGCUGCUCAGAAGGAUUAUCGAUCUUCACCCGGGUCAGCAAGGACAGCUGAAGCGUUCGGUAGCGAAGAUCUGACGCUUGCCGAUACAAGAAUAGUCUCCCUCAAAGCAGCUCUAGUCGCUCACGCUUAUGCACACAAUUUCUUUUUCUGUCUCCUCUCAGAUUCUAGGUAUAGCUCAGGACUCUCAGGGCACUUUUAAUGCUAUGGUCUACCAUUGGCGUACGGCAGGUUCAGAUUCACGAUCUGGCCCCACGGCGCCCAAUACCUGCGGAGAAUUUGGGCAAAGGAGCUUUCGGUACUGCUGAAGAGAAAGGAAAAAGUCAGUCUGAGCAUUGAACUGCAUCGCGACGCUAACGGAGCUGAGUUAUUCUUUUUGAUUGCUUGUUAUAUAUAAACCACUCGAAAACCACAAAUAAAUAGUGAAAUUAUAUUGUCUAAA